AACUUUCGUCUUUUUUUGUUAUAAAAGAAAGAAAUACAAAGUCGUAUAAAAAAAAGAGAGAGCGAAACAGGAGGAAGCAGCAACACGGAAAAGGUGGAGGAGAAAAAGAGAGUACUUGUUGUGGUAUAAAGAAUGAAGGAGUGAGUUUGUGUGUGAGUUUUAUAAAAAUAAAAAAGCAGGAGCAUAUCACACAAACAAACAACGUAGAAAGGGUUCGAAUGACGAGUAAUGGAGAAGGGGGAGAGGUGGUGGCGAAGAGGAGGAGGAAGGGAAUUAAGGAGCUAGUGCAGGUGGCUCUCAGGGGAGGUUGUUUGGCUGCUUCAGCCACGGCCAUGGCGGUGAUGCUGACCGCUACUGAGGAGGGAGUGGCAGACAUCUACGGCUUCAAGCUCACUCUCUCCUCCAACUGGUCUUUCUCUCCCUCCUACCAGUAUGUGGUGGGGGCAUGCGCAGGGACCGUGCUCUACUCCCUGUUACAGCUCUGCCUCGGUGUUUACAGACUCGUCACCGGAUCUCCCAUCACGCCUUCCCGCUUCCAAGCUUGGCUUUGCUUCACCUCCGAUCAGCUCUUUUGUUAUUUGAUGAUGAGCGCUGGAUCAGCCGGUUCCGGAGUUACCAACCUCAACAAAACCGGCAUCAGGCACACUCCUCUCCCCGACUUCUGCAAGACCCUUUCUUCUUUCUGCAAUCAUGUCGCCCUGUCUCUCCUCUUAGUCUUCCUCUCCUUCAUCUUCCUCGCUUCCUCUUCCUUCUUUACUGUCCUUGUGCUCUCCACUCCCUAG